AUGAAAGAACUUUUCACAUACGUUGAGGAUCAGUGGAUGGAGAGCUCCCUCUGGAGCACCACUGAGUGGUCUGUCUACCGACAGACGAUACGAACCAACAAUGACACCGAAGGCUGGCAUCGUCGUUUGAACUUUUCUGCCGGUCGGUCAACCCUGCAGUUUUACGUUUUGCUGAGUCUGCUGCUGAGGGAAUCAAAGAUGGUGAAGGUAACACAUCAACUGGUGUCGGAGGCAGCCCUUGGCCGUCAGCGUCGAGAGCGUUACAGAUACAUCGACGCCAGGAUCAUGGAUGAGUGGGACUCAUACGAUUCGCAUGAGGUCAACUGCGAGGAGUUCCUGAAAAAUCCAAAGGGGCAACACAAGUCGAGCGAGGCAAAAAAGCCGAGCGAAAAUCAAGAGCAGAAAACAAGAGAUUCUUACAACGACUACUGUUGA